UUGGAUUUUCAUUUGAAAAUGGAGUCUGACUGGGUGACUGCAGAACUCCAAGCUCUUUCUUGUAGUUCUAGUUCGCACAAAGAUUCCGUAGAGAAAUAUAGACAGAUACUCCAGCAGAUACUCGAUUCAGCUGAAGAUAAGGUUGUUAGUGGACUGCAAGUUUUUAUAAAAACAGUUGCCCAAGAGAGUGUUAGUGUUGUUGUAUCAAGACAGUUGAUAUCAGAUAUUUGUGCCAAGCUGCCAUCAUUCAAAACAGGAAAUACAAAAGCAAUUUGUAAUUUUGCGUUAGAAAAAUUGCAACCCAGAGCCAUUGCAUUUGAAGAACAACUUGUAGCAAUCCGCCAUAAAUUAGCCUCUUUAUAUGAGCAAGAACAGGAGUGGAGAGCAGCUGCAAAAGUUCUUGUUGGUAUACCGCUGGAAGGAGGACAAAAGAUAUAUUCAAAUGAUUUCAAGUUAGAGAUUUAUUUAAAGAUAGCCCAAUUGUAUUUGGAAGAUGACGACCCAGUUCAAGCUGAGGCAUUCAUUAACAGAGCAUCAAUACUACAAGCUGAAACAAAAGAUAAACAACUUCAGAUUUUGUUCAAGGUUUGCUAUGCAAGAGUUCUAGAUUUCCGACGAAAAUUCAUCGAAGCAGCUCAGCGUUAUGUAGAAUUGUCAUACAGCCCGCUUGUUCAUGAAGAAGAACGACUAGAAGCGCUGAGGCAUGCCCUGAUAUGCACCAUAUUGGCCUCUGCGGGGCAGCAGAGGUCGCGAAUGCUUGCUAAUCUUUUCAAAGAUGAGAGAUGUCAGCAUCUACCUGCUUUCGAAAUCCUAGAAAAAAUGUAUUUAGAUAGAAUAAUCAGAGGGCCUCAGCUUCAAGAGUUCGCUAAUCUUCUGGCUCCUCAUCAAAAAGCGACUACAGCAGAUGGGUCAAGCAUCUUGGACCGUGCCGUUAUUGAACACAAUUUGAUUGCCGUCAGCAAGUUGUACAAUAACAUUAAAUUUGAAGAACUAGGUGCUCUUUUGGAAAUCCCAUCAACAAAAGCUGAGCGAAUUGCUUCACAAAUGAUAUCUGAGGGAAGAAUGAGCGGAUCCAUUGACCAGAUUGACGGGUUUCUACAUUUUGAAGCUCAGCAGACACUUUUGUUUUGGGACAAACAGAUCCAAGGUGUCUGCCUUCAAGUUAACGAUGUUUUGGAAAAGAUUCAACAGCAGGUGCCAGAAUGGGCCAAUCUUCCGAUGGACACAACCUAGUCAAAAGCUGGCACAUAAACACCAGCGAUCCCAUUCGCAGAAAAUAAUACUGACUUUUAUACAGUGAAAAAUAACUCGUCUAAUGUUGACCAUCAAGGAAAAUGAUUGUAGUUGGACGAUAUGCUUUAUCGUUAUCUGUUAAUUGUAAUUAUAAAUAUCACAUGUAGUUAUGGUCUUUUUGGUUUCUCGCUAGUCUAUACGACCCCUGUCAUAUAUUCUUGUGCAAAACUGUUUAAUGUACGUUUGUGUUUAAUUGUAAUUUGUUUCUAGUUUGUGUUCAAGAACAAAUUCUUUUCACCAUCUUACAGAAGUCUUUCUUCGAUUUAGCUUUUAUGCCUAGAUCUCUGUUUUAUACUAUAACUAGUACAAUUUCGUUUGCUUCAUAGGUCGGGCUUUUAACU